UCCAUCGCGCCUCUCUUCUAGUUCUCGAGACUUUCAGCAAAACUAGCUCAGCAGCUACAAUGGCCAUGAAUUUCAUGGCCGUCUCUCUUUAUUCACCUCGCUCGAUCUGUCCACCUCGCCAUUCCCUCGUUCCCCUUCACCUUGCUUCUUCCCAUCGUUUAGCCACUUUCUCUGCCGGACCAAGAAUUCCAAUCCAAUGCGCCACCAAAGACAACAAGGAAACAACCCCUCCCACUGCACCACCGACGCAAAUCUUCGAUCCCAAGAAAGGAGUGGCGCUUUACAAGCCUAAGUCAUACGAUGUUCUCGUAACCGAUGCCGCUAACUCCCUCGCUUAUGCUAUUCAAGAUGGCCAAACCCGUAUCGAGAUUGAUUUCCCGCCCUUACCGAGCAAUAUUUCUUCUUAUAAGGGAUCUUCAGAUGAUUUCAUCGAUGCCAACAUUCAACUUGCCUUGGCUGUUGUCAGGAAACUCCAACAGAAAGUGGAAACUCGAGCUUGCAUAGUGUUUCCUGAUAAACCAGAAAAGCGCAGGGCCUCAGAGCUUUUCAAAGCAGCCCUUGACUCGAUUGAUGGUAUAUCUAUAGGCUCCCUUGACGAUGUCCCUAGUGGAGCUGUCACCACAUUCUUCAAAUCUAUCAAGAACACUCUGGAUUUUGAUUUUGAAGAUGAAAAUGAAGGUCGUUGGGAAUCCAAGGAGCCACCGACUCUUUAUAUAUUUAUUAAUUGUAGCACACGUGAACUUUCUGUUAUAGAGAAGUAUGUGGAAAAGUAUGCACCGUCCACCCCCACACUUCUAUUCAAUCUUGAACUUGACACUUUACGUGCUGACUUGGGUCUUUUGGGGUUUCCUCCCAAAGAUUUGCACUAUCGAUUUCUUUCACGAUUCAUCCCCGUCUUCUAUAUACGGAUUAGGGAGUACUCCAAGACGGUAGCUGUUGCACCUUUUGUCGUGAACUACAGUGGAGCACUAUUUCGCCAGUAUCCUGGACCUUGGCAGGUGAUGCUAAAGCAAUCGGAUGGUUCUUAUGCUUGUGUAGCUGAGAGUGCAACUCGUUUCACUCUGGGAGAGACCAAGGAAGAACUGCUGCGGGUCCUUGGAUUGCAAGAGGAACAAGGAAGCCAACUAGAAUUUCUUCGCAGAGGCUACAAGACUUCCACUUGGUGGGAAGAGGAUGUUGAAUUGGAGGUAUCUUCUGCAUGGCGUAGUUGAGCAAACUGAAUGUUAAAUACAGCAAGAUGUCUCGCAUAUAGAUGGUGAAGUUUGAUGAUGCUCGGAACAUUCUUUUCCUUAUAGAUUUCUUUUAAACCCUUUCGUUUAGAUUCCCCUGUAAUUAAUCCCCUUCUUACAAAUCAGAGUAAGCAACAAGAACUUGUUUGUUUCAGACUAGUGGAGAAGACAGUAAGAGGAAGUAAAGUGAUAUUCAAGGUUGUUCAUAUGAUUUCCUGAUAAACAUCA